GAGAGAGAAAAAAAAAUUAAAAAAAAGUCGUAGACAUGAGGUAAAAAUUCCAGCGAUAGUUCCUAGCAACGGAAAAAAAACGAACCCCUUUGGCUCAGCAGCCCAGAAUUCCUGUUGGACAAGGCCUCCACACCGCGAACCGUUAAUGUUAAAAAAAAAAAAAAAAAACCUCUAAGUGGCGUCAUUGCAUAGUGUGACUGGAUGAUUGGGGGGAGGGACACGCAAACAAAUAUUCUAUGAGCAUGUGUUUAAACACUGGAAAAGGGGGGAGUCGUUUAUUGGCAGAGGGGGGAGGGGCCAGACAGCAGGCAUAUUGCGUUCCACGUAGCAGAUUUAAUAAGUGCUGUCUGUGAUGUUUGGCAAGCCUGGUUUAUCUGGUUUAUAUCCAUCUACAAGGUUUGCGAACCCAUGUUGCCGUGAGUCAGUCACACCAUUUUUUUAAAAUCGUAUUUCUGUUUUAAAGCUGGCAUUUAUUACUAAAUUGCCACGUAGUCCUUUCCAAUGCUUGCCGUAAAAAAUUAGAUAAAACAAAGGGGGUUAAAAUGUAAGGUGGUAUUUUUUUUUUUUAAAGCAGAGGAUUUGUUUCAGACUUUUGUGCAGCAGGUUUCAAUUCCACGAACAGCAGGAUGGGAGGUGGGGGUUGUUAUAACGAUUCAGUUCUGCUACAACCAAAAAGACCAGUGUUCACUUUCCGUUGAAAGAAAAUAUUCCUAGGAUUGGAAUGGCUGGAUCAAAUGAACCUGAAAAAGAAUUUAAAAGGAGUAAUCUGGAGAGGUGAAAGAAGUGUGAACAAUCCAGAUUCCAAGUUAGGUGUUCCAUAAUGGUUUGAUCUGCUUCUAUAACAGAAUGGAGACUCCUCGGUAAAGUAGCAGAUGAAGAACUUGAGAAGUGGGCCUAACAUUCUUCUCUUUGCCAACUGGUAGUCUUCUCUGAGAACCACCUGGUGCCAUGGGGAAACGUGAUAAUCGAGUGGCAUAUAUGAAUCCUAUAGCAAUGGCCAGAUGGAGGGGUACAAGUCAAUCUGCAGGCCCAACUAUACAAGAUUAUCUGAAUCGACCAAGACCCACCUGGGAAGAAGUAAAGAAACAAUUAGAGAAUAAAAAGAAAGGCUCCAAGACAUUGGCUGAAUUUGAAGAAAAAAUGAAUCAAAAUUGGAAGAAAGAACUUGAGAAAAGCAGAGAGAAAGUAUUAGGUGGAAAUGUCAGUUCAUCCAAAAGAAAAGAAAAAAAGAAAAAGAAAAAGAAGAAAUCUUGUAGGUAUACAUCCUCUUCAUCAAGCUCCGAUUCAUCAAGCAGUUCUUCAGAUUCUGAGUAUGAGCCAAAGAAACAAGGGAAAAAGAGAAAGAGAAAGAAGAACCAUUCCCACAAAUCAUCAGAAAGCUCCACUUCUGAAUCAGAAUCGCCAAGCAAGGAACUUCCCCUAAAGAAGAAAAAGACAAAGGAUGAAACUGAAAAAGAAAAAUAUACCAAAAGCUACAGCAAAAAAAGAAAGAAGGCUUGUCCUGAAGAAGAGCCAUCCUCUUCAGAAUCUUCAUUCGAAUCAGAUUAUGAAGAGGAGAUGCAGGCAAAAAAGAAAAGAAAACACGAUGAGCAAGAAAGAAAAAUGGAAAAGAUGAAGAAAAAAAAGAAGAAACAUCACAAGAAACACAGUAAGAAGAGGAAGAAGAAGAAGUUUAGUUCAAGUCACAAAUCAGUGUAACAUAAAGGAAAACCAAAUAGGCUUUCCGUAUUUAAAAUGAAACAAAAUCUAAAGAAACUUCAACUGUGAAAAUCUAGGUCAUAUUUACCAAAAUGCAUGAGAUUUCCUGUGUUAAUAGAGUUAUUCUGGACUUUAAAUUGCCAGAGAAAUGCCACUGUGCCAGAAAAGGUAUUUGUUGCUUGCAGCUUCUAUAUAGGGUUUUGUUUGUUUAAUGUCUCUCUUUAUGUCUAAUAGUUACUCCUCUGGGAACCAAAACUCAGUUGUCUUACUAGUAUUAAAAUGUUUGGAGUUCAAUUAAUAUAUUUUCAAUAAUGAAUAAUUUUAACCAAAAACAUAUCUAGUGUUAAACAUAUGUAAUUUUUGCCUAUCUUUAAAGUACAGAAACAUCCUGACAAUUAGACAUUUUGAAGAUAAGACAGCAUUGUUGUUCAAAAUUUAAUUUUGUAGAUAUGUUUGGUUGAUGUUUAUUUUUUUCCCAAGAAGUUUUUGUUUACAUUGGGGAAGGGCUCAUGUCAGGGAGUGGGAGGGGGUUUGUUUGCUACUCUAGCUAGCUGAAAAGUGUGCCUUUAAUCCUUACACAUCCUAUUUUUGCCAGUGCAGCAGCCAUUUAUUUCUUACACACUGAAUGUUGUUGUGUACUGUAUCAAGAGAACAAGAAAGCAGUUUACAGAAUAAAGUCCCCAAAGCUAUGACAUUUACCUCCACUUUAGCAUUAUUCAUUCUUUAGUACUAAAUGCUAUUUCACAUUAGAAUACUAAAUGAUUUGAAUUAACUUAUUUUUUUGAAGGAGGAUAAUUGCAAACUGUCUUUGGCUUUGUUUCUUUGUUUUUAUUAAUAAACAUUAUGAUGUUUUACACACUUCAUUCUGCCAUUGUAAUUAUCCAGUGAUAUUCUUUAUGACAAGUGGUGAUCUUUUUAAAUAUAAUUCAUGGUUAUGAUAUAAAGUUCAAACUUUUCAUUUCUUAAAUUUUGGAUAUUACUUUUAUCUCAUUGGUCUGCUUAAAUUGCACAUGUGCCAAAAUAUUUAGUAUGUAAAAAGAAGGUUUUUAAGAAAUUGUAAUGCCUUCAUAUUGAAGCUGGUUUGCUAUAAGCAAGUUGAGUGCCAGAUUUCUAGUAUGCUGUGUGUUGUGUUACAUAAACAACUGCCAAAAUAUUUGUAUGUAUGUUCAUUAAAUGUUUCUUAUCCUAAGCAUUAGUACUGAAGUGUAAUAGAAGUUAAAUUUAUGUAAUGAUGAUAUCAUUUAUUUUUUUGUGUCUAUAUAUUACUAAGGAUCUGGUGCCUUGUGACUGUUGUUGAGUCAUAUUCACAACUAAUGUUAAAAAUGUGUUAAAAUAUAUUUACUUUACAUUCUAUAUCACAGUAGUGUAAAUUAUAAGUUUAUGUUUUAACAACACUUAUUACAGAAGUUACACUAAUAAUAUCAUGGUACAAGUAUUUUGGCAUGAUAAGAGAGGCUCAGUAUUUUUUUUUAUUUCAAAUAGGUGACUGAAUCUCAGAUUCUUUGAAUAAAAAGAAACAUUGUAGAAAACAUCUAGUAAAUAAAUGAUUUGUCACCUCUACAGAAUGUUGCAGUGGUAAUAUUGGACUCUUUCAAUUUCUUCUUGAAGUAUUGUGUAGUAAUGCCAUGUUAAAUCAUCUUGGAGUUUCAUAAAUACAACUGUCUCUUAAAAUAUAUCUGUAUGUAUAUUGCUUAUAAAAUUAUUGUAUUUAAUGUGUAUUUUGUAUCCAUGUAUAGUUUUUUCAAGAGUAUUCAGUAAAUGUUUUUAAAGUUAAAUUAUUUGUAGAAUAUGGCAAAAACAUUUAUAGUUUAUCCUAUAGCUCUGUGCUCACAUUCACUUCCCAGGUCUCUGUAGUUAGGACAUCCCAUCUGACUGCUUACAAUAUAGGAAUUGAGAACAGAAGUGAUGUGUUAAUUCCAUCCUUGAGCAGAAAGAAUUCUAACAUAAUAUUUCAGCUCUUUCUUGAACUUCCACCAUAACUGAAAGUAAAGGCCAACUUCCAAGAAGGAUACAAGCUGAACCUUUAUGUCACACUUUAGAAGGAUUUUGUCCUAGAAAACUGAUGAACUUGCAAUGGACUU